CUUGAUUUGUUUGCUCUCUGAAGAACUCCGAGUUUAGGUGUACUUCGCGUUGUAACCAAUUGGAAAGAGUGAUUUUAAAAAUAACCGAUCUCAAAAACCCUCGAUUCGUGAAUCGAUUUUGUGUAGAAGAGCUGAAUUUUGAAGUGUGAUGAAGGAUUAUUCGGAAGUAUCGUAGAGAUGGCGGAUCAGACGAUCGAGAAAUGUUCGUCUGAAGUUGGUGAUGAUGAGAAAAAGCAGAGAAUAAAAAAGAAUGUUACUGAGGAUCCAGAAACCUUCAGCUGUAUGCUUCAGCCCUGUCCCGCCAACUCCGAUCCUAAUUACGUCGGUAUUCGUCGUCUUCUUCUGUUUGGCAAGGCUGAAUCAGGUGUUCUUCGGCGGAAGGACUGGAGAUGCAAUGGAAAAGGCUAUGUGGCUUAUCGUAAUUUCAUCAACAGGCCAGAUAAUUGGAUAAAUUCGCAAAUACCGAGUCGCGGUAGCACCCCUGGAGCCAGUGGGCGAUGGAUACAUUCUCCAAGUCAACUCUCCCUUGCGCUUGAGAUGGAAAGCUUGAAUGGUAGCAAGGACCUGCGAGAGAGCCAAACACUGAGUCGUACUGUUAGUUUUGGUGCAAAUUCAAGUGAUUUUGAAUACCCACGUCGAAAAGCUGAACCUGCAUAUUCUUUUGUAGGAAUGCAUUGCAUCUUUGAUGAGUGCAAAGCCAUGGUUACUGUUAUAAAGUUUGGGCAUAUGAGUUCUGAUAUACUUGCCUAUGGAGCAACAGAUGGAACAUUAACAGUUUGCACCGUCUCAGAACCACCUUCCGUCAUGAAGAAAUUGACUGGGCACUCAAAAGAUGUUACAGAUUUUGACUUCACGUUAAACAACCAGUACAUUGCAUCAUCUUCAUUGGAUAAAACUGUGAGGGUAUGGGAUAUCCCAAAGGGCCUUUGCAUUCGAGUAAUAUAUGGGGUUGCUUCCCAGCUUUGUAUUCGAUUUCAUCCUGUGAAUAAUAACUUUCUUUCAGUCGGCAACGCAAACAGAGAAGCCUCGGUAUUCAAUUUUAGUACGGGAAGAUUAAUAAGUAAGAUAGUGGUUGACAGUGAGAUUACCGCCCUUGAUUAUGACCAUACUGGCCAGUUUAUUUUCUGUGGAGAUACACAGGGUUCUAUAUACACAGUUAAAGUAAACUCUCAUCAAGGUACCUUGUCUCGGUCUCAUCGUACUAGAACUAGCAGCAAGCAUAAAUCUGAAUUCACAACCAUCCAGUAUAGAUCAUUUUCUCUGCUGACACAAGGUCCUGUGUUGCUUUCUCUUACUCGAGAUGGAAGUUUGUCUUUCUUCAGUGUUUCGUUGGAGAUGCAAGGUUAUCUGACUCUUCGCUGCUCCCUCCAGUUGGCUCCACGACUUCACAGUAUCCGUGCUUCUUUUUGUCCUUUGCUUUCCCUUGAAAAAGGAGAAUAUAUAGUCAUUGGAAGCGAGGAUGCAACAGUCUAUUUUUAUGACUUAACUCGUCUGAAGAACACAUGCGUGAACAAGCUACAGGGGCAUGGAUACCCAGUCAUUGCAGUUGCAUGGAAUCAUGGUGAGAACUUGUUGGCAUCCUCUGAUUUUGGUGGCACUGUAAUUGUGUGGAAGAGAGAAAAAACAAAGCAGAAGAUGUGAAUACAGAUAAUGUCGUGUGUUUCUCCUCUGUGAACUCAAGAAAGAAGUUCAGGUGCACAUCCAAAUAGAGAAAUACCUUACAACGUUUGAAGACCUAAAAGAUGACAGAUGAAAAAGUAUGUGUGCUAUUUGUAUUUUCUUCCUCUUACUAUUUUCUAAUUAUUGAUAGAUAUAUUGACAUUUAUUUAUUUAUGUAUAAAAAAUGGAUGGUGUAGAACCCAAGUU